CUAGGCAGAGAGGGCAGGAAGAGAACUACAGGUAUCUGAGGCUGGGCCUGGCCAGAGGGCAGCUGGAGCUGUGAGCAGUCAGCCCAGCUCUGUGCAGUUCCUGCUGGUGCGUGGCGACGUGUGGGCGGUGGAGGGAGCAAGCAUGGCAGGGAGGAUGCGGCCUGUGCUGUGGAUGCUCUGUGCAGUAUGGGUGACGGUCAAGGCCAUCUCUGUGCAAACUCCAAAGGAAGUCAUUCGGGCUGCCCGGGGCAAGAGUGUCACCCUUCCCUGUACCUACGAAACCACUUCCUCCAAACGAGACGGGUUUAUCCAAUGGGAUAAGCUUCUAAGAACUCAUACGGAAAAGGUGGUCAUCUGGAACUUUGUGUACAAAACCUACGUCUACGGGGAACUUUAUGAGAACCGCGCCAAUGUAUCAGCCCAGGCCGAGCAGUCGGAUGCCUCGAUCACCAUCAAUCAGCUCACCAUGGAUGACAAUGGCACCUACGAGUGUUCUGUCUCUCUAAUGUCAGACCUGAUUGGCACCAGCAAGUCACGUGCCUACCUCCUGGUCCUCGUGCCACCUUCCAAGCCGGACUGUGGCAUCGUUGGGGAGACGGUGAUUGGGAACAACAUCCAGCUGACCUGUGAAUCCAAGGAGGGCUCCCCAGCGCCUCAGUACAGCUGGAAGAGCUACAAUGUGCUGAACCAGGAGAGGCCACUGGACCCAGCCUCAGUCUCUGGCCAGACCGUGACCCUGAAGAACAUCUCCACCGACACCUCGGGCUUUUACAUCUGCACCUCCAGCAACGAGAUGGGCCAGGAAUCUUGUAACAUCACUGUGGCUGCCAGGCUUCCCUCCAUGAACGUGGCCCUGUAUGCGGGCAUUGCAGGGGGUGUGGUGGCGGCCUUCAUCGUCCUUGGCGUCAUCAUCUUCUUCUGCUGCUGCCGGCAGAAGGGCAAGGUCGAUGACAGCGAGGACGCCCGGCCGAACCGGGCAGCCUACAAGGAGCCCCCAGAGCAACUGAAGGAGCUGUCCGGAGUGACAGAAGAAGAGGAGGAUGACAACAGGCAGGAAGAACAGAGGCGCACCGGGCGCCAGUCCCCUGACUCCCGUGACCGGUGAUCCACGGCCGGCCCUGCAGCAGGUGGAGUAAGAGCUCCAGUCCACUGUUCCCCGGCUUCCUCCUCUUUCUCUCAUCCUCCCACCUGGACAUCAAUGGGGAUGUGCCUUCUUCCUUGUCCGCUGCUGGGGGGGUGGUUGCUGGGCAAACGCACUGGGCUGGGGUAGGGGACCCCUGCCCAUGACUGACCCUGCUGACUAUGCCAUCUUGGGAGGUGAUACCUCCCCACGGCCACACCUAGCUCAGGACCUGACCUUCACCUUGGACCAGGCUGCAGCCUCUCCAUCUGCUGCAGCUGAUGGGAGCUCU